AAAUAGUUGUGCAAUGUCGGCCUUCUCUACUGAGUUUGGCGUUUGUGAUGAAGUUGAGAAUGCUCUACAGACACUGGAGUGGCAGCUGCCAACUGACGUUCAAUCGGAAGCCUGUCCUUUAAUUUUGGGCGGUGGUGAUGUCUUGAUGGCCGCUGAGACAGGUUCAGGAAAAACUGGUGCCUUCUGUAUUCCCGUUGUUCAAAUCGUUCUGGAAACCCUUCGUGAGAAACGAGAUGGCGCAAAAGGCUCUGCAGUAACGAAAUCUGCCGGCGCUCCAGUAAAAAUGGCAAUGAAUGUAUGGGAUCGAUCGCCACAGUUCGCAAUAAGCCCCGAUGGACUUCUGUGUCAGUCGCGUGAACAGAAGGUGUGGCAAGGGGCCAGAGCUACUUACGGCGUAGCCAAUCACGGCAAAUGGUAUUACGAAGUGACAGUAACCGAUGAAGGCCUGUGUCGUGUAGGGUUUUCGACCAGUCGGGCAACAUUUGACCUGGGCUGCGACGACCAAGGAUUCGGUUUUGGAGGAACUGGAAAGAAAUCGCAUCGGCGUCAGUUUGAUGAUUACGGAGAGCCAUUUGGGCUCAGUGAUACGCUUGGAUGUUUUUUAGACUUGGAUGCUGGCGUUAUUAGUUACUCGAAAAAUGGAAAUAUGUUCGGAAAAGCAUUUACUAUUGCCACGGCAAUGUUACAUAACACUACAAUAUUUCCAGCAUGUACUCUGAAAAAUGCAGAGCUGAAAUUUAAUUUUGGAGGUGAACCCUUCAAAUAUCCUCCUGGAAAAGAUUUCCAUGGGUUUGUUGGAGCAGAUCCAAAGUAUCUUAUUAAAUCUUUAGCUGCACCAGUGAAGUCGGCUUCACAAAACACUAAACGACAAAACUGUCCUCAAGCACUGAUUUUGGAGCCUUCGAAAGAGUUAGCUGAGCAAACUCACAAUUGCAUAAAUACCCUUAAACAGUUCUGCAAAGAUCCACCUAUCAAAUCUCUCUGCUGUGUCGGCGGGACAAAUGUCAGAGACCAGAUGGAAGCACUUGACGCUGGAAUCGACAUUGUGACUGGAACACCAGGACGUCUUGGGGACCUCAUCAGUAAUGAGAAAUUGGACGUCCGCGAUGUUCGCUUCUUCAUCCUGGACGAAGCAGACGGUCUUCUUCAACAGUCACAUGGUGACCUCAUUCACACCAUCUGGAAAAAGAUCCCACAACUCACCGCCGACAAUAAACGGCUGCAAGUGGUUAUAUGCAGUGCCACUUUGCACUCUAGAGAGGUCAAACAACUGGCGGAUAAAAUCAUGCAUUUUCCUGUAUGGGUGGAUCUCAAAGGCCAAGACUCAGUGCCGGAUACAGUGCACAAUGUAGCGUGUGUGGUUGACCCUACUAAAGAUCUGCAGUGGCAGUCAUCGUCUGCCCUCAUUACCACCGAUGGUGUCCAUAGAGUGGAGGGCGUGAGAGCGGGAACCCACUCGCCAGAAGCUCUCUCGGAGGCGGUCAAGUUGCUCAAGGGCAUUUAUGUACUGAAUGCGAUUAAAAAGCACAAUAUGGAUCAGGCCAUUAUUUUCUGCAGAACGCGGUUAGACUGCGACAACAUGGAGAGAUUUCUUUGGUCGCAAGGGGGAGGACGCAACAAGAACAAUCCCUUUUCAUGUGCUUGUCUCCACGGGGACAAACGGAACGACCGUGCUAUUAACUUGGAAAAAUUCAAAACGAAAGAGAUCAAGUUUUUGGUAUGCACAGAUGUGGCAGCGCGUGGUCUGGACAUUGGGGGUCUACCGUAUAUGAUAAGCGUGACUAUGCCUCCGAGUGAGGAGAAGCAGACCUAUGUGCACAGAAUAGGCCGAGUGGGCAGGGCCGAGAGGAUGGGACUGGCUAUCGCUCUAGUGUCUAAAUUCAAGGAGAAGGUGUGGUACCAUCAGUGUCCAUCGAGAGGGAAGCAGUGUAACAAUGUGAAUCUGACCGACCACGGAGGCUGCUGCAAGUGGUAUGACGAAGCCACCUAUCUCGGGGAAAUCGAGGAGCAUCUUGGAACGACAAUUCCUCAAAUAGGUCCAGACAUGGAAGUCCAAGCGGACGAAUUUGCUGGAAAAGUAACAUACGGUCAGAAAAUAUCCGGAAACAAAUCCAACUAUACAAAUCAUGUGAGCCAAUUGGCACCAGCUGUUAGAGAAUUAGCUGAGAUGGAAACAAUGGCGCAACAGUCUUUCUUGUCACUUCUGUACAAGAAAAAAAUUGGAUUUAAAAGCGAAAUUUUUUGAACGUUGAUUGUUAACAAAGUUGAUGUUGGUUUAAUUACUUGAAUAAACUUGUAUUGAAAA